UAAAGCGUGGACGGACCAUAGCCAGCAGCCAACAGCAGCCAGCAGCGAGCAGCUAGCAGAGUGCAGGCAGCAGUCAGUGGCGACCAGAAAUCUAGUAAAUUGUCAGUUUCGAUUUUUAACACUUUGCGGUUGGAAGUUUUAUUGUGUAAGGCAGAGAAUUCGCGGUAUGUUGCAUUUAAGAAAAUUUAAACAAAAAUUUUAUUUCAAUCAAAAACGUUCAAUGCCGUCCUACACACACAUUUUCAUAAUUUUCAUAAUUACCAUUUUAACUUUAUCUUCAAAAACAUACUAAAAAUGAGUUCAUACAAAACGCUGAAUAGUACAAGGUUCGACAGCAAUGUCAGUUUGAAUACGCUGCAGUGCGAUCUCGCUGAUCAUGGUGAUCAUGGUGCUUUUCAUAAAAUGCUAAAAUAUUGGCGCAACAGUUCGAAAUCCGCUGUGAGUUUGCGAAAAAGUGCUAGUUUUUUGGAAUAUCGCGAUUUGGACGACGCGGUGGUUGGUGGUUGUGGUGUGCGGAGCAUGCUGAGUGGCGGGCGAGAUAAGUGCAGCAUUAGCUAUAAGCGUUUGGAGAGUUUUGACGAGACGAAAUUGAAGAAAAUGCGUCAACACACAUUCAUGGCGGGCACGCAGAAGGGUGGCGGUGGCGGCGGCGGAGCUGGUGGUGGUGGUGGCUCCAGCGCCUCACAUAGUCCCGAAAAAUUGCGCGGCGCUACGCAGGAUCUAUUCGAACUGUUGGAGCGUGUGCAGUGUUCGCGUCUGGAUGAUCAGCGUUGUGUGUUGCCAGCAUAUUUCUCACAGACACACCACCGCAACUCGAACGACGAACGUGUACCACACCCGCAUGAGAGUAAUCAAUCUGGCAAUUAUAACCACCACAAUGGUCUGCAACAUUCUGGUUCACGUUCAACACUGCGACAUUCAAUGUCGACUACUGCUGCCAGCUCUACACCCGCUUCACCACAACUAAGCGGCAUUUCAGCUACAGGAAAUGGCGCGCAGCUCAUCUCUAAUGGCCAGCAUUAUCAAUCACAAUCGUCGGUCUCCUCACAAACAUCACAGUCGUCGAUCGUGUCGACAAUACCUGCCUCACAACGUCUGUUGGAGGAUGCGCUCGCCAAGACGGCACCCUACCCGAUGAUCAUACUACCACUCAACGGUGGCUAUUGGGUCGAUGGCACUGAACAUGAAUGCUCGUUCGAUGCACGCGGCAAUCCGAUGUUGCCACAAACCACCUGGAUGGCUAAGUUCGAAACAGACGAUACGGCGAAGUGUUAUCGACGCUUCUAUGCUGCGCGCGAACAUUCCAAUCUUGUUGGUCAAGAUGAUGUGUUGGGUCCGAUUUUGAUUUCGAUUAAGACAGAGAAUGUGGCAAAUCAAGAGCAUGCACGCAUCCUGCUACGUCUACGCACCGGCACUAUGCAUGAACUUAUACCGAUGUCUUGUAUGGCGCCCAACCCAACGCCAGCCAAAAUGGUACGGCUCUUGAAUGAUCAAAUCACGAUGGAGAAUUUUGUGCCCGUGUUGUGCUCGAAGGCAUCACAGCUGAUUGGUGCGUACGAUGAACAUGUGCUUGUUUCGAAUUUCAAAUUCGGCGUGCUAUACCAAAGAUAUGGACAGACCACAGAGGAGGAGCUCUUUAGUAAUAACAACUCGUCGCCGGCUUUUGAGGAAUUCCUCGAUGUGCUGGGUCAGCGCAUAAAAUUGAAGGAUCACAAGGGUUAUCGUGGCGGUUUGGAUAUACAGAAUGGACAUACCGGCGACACCGCCAUUUAUGAGGUGUUCAAGGAGCGCGAAAUCAUGUUUCACGUCUCGACAAUGCUGCCCUACACCGAGGGCGAUCCACAGCAGCUGCAACGUAAGCGACACAUUGGCAAUGAUAUUGUCGCCAUUGUAUUCCAAGAAUCGAAUACGCCUUUUUCACCCGAUAUGAUCGCCAGUCAUUUCCUACACGCUUUCAUCGUAGUACAACCGCUCGAACCCAAUACGCCGAACACACGUUAUAAGGUGAGCGUAACGGCACGCGAUGAUGUACCCUUUUUCGGACCGACACUACCUAAUCCAGCAGUGUUUCGCAAAGGACAAGACUUCAAAGAGUUCAUACUCACGAAGUUAAUCAACGCUGAGAAUGCCUGCUAUAAGGCGGAGAAAUUCGCGCAGCUCGAAUUGCGUACGCGUACGUCGCUGCUACAGAGUCUGGUGGAGGAAUUGAAGGAGAAAACACGCGAUUUCUUAGGCACAGACUUUACAAACGGGGUGACCGUCAGCCCCACGCCGGAAACACCAAAGUCCGAGAAUAGCACAGCGGGUUCGCGUUUCAUAGAUACUGUUAAGAAAGCGCUCAUCUCACGAGUGCGUUCACAGAGUGUCGAUACGGGCAAUAUGGCGCCGAGUGUUGAGAAAUUCAACGUAUCGACCAAAAUGAACUCAUCCGCUUCAUCGACGACAUCGAAGAAGGACAACAGCUUAACGGAGACACCAAAUUUGAAUGCAUGCAGUCGCACCGCUUCAAAAUCUUCCUCAAAAUCAAAAUCGUCAAAUGACUCCAACUCCUCCUCGCCGGAUAUAACCUCACGCGGUCCGCUAAGCAGCAGCAAUACCAUUAACAACAACAACGCCAAUAUGGCUGUAGUCAGCACAGCCAAGGACAUGCAAAAUGGGAACAAUGCCAUAGCACCCACCAAUGGUGGCGCUAAUGUCGCAACAAUGUCCGAGACCAGCGAUGACUCGAGCUUAAAUAGCGUUGAUCUCGAUCCCAUGAUGGGUCAAAUUGAUGGUGGCGCCGUUUACAUUGAUAGCGAUACGGGGCUAGAGUCCAUGUCCUCAGCGGAGGCUAUGUCCUCGACAAAAGCUGCGUGCGCGCUCUGUUUGGAUGGCUCACAGAGUUUGAUGGGCUCAUCGCCAAGCAACGAAACAAUUGUAAUGGUAGAGAGUUUGCGACAGGAAGUAACACGUCUCAAGUGCGAUAAACUGGAUCUGCUCAGACAGAAUGUGACCUGUCAACGCGACAUUAAACGCUUGCGCGAGCGUGAACUCUCACUACAAGGCGAUUUGGCAGCGGCUGGUAAAGAGAUUUUGAGAUUACGCGAUCUACUCAAGGAGUAUAUGCCCGAUUCGGCGACUGCUCCACUGUCAAUUUCACCAAUCUAAUGUCGUUGUUGCUGCUCGUGUAGUGGAGCUGGAGCUUUACCAAGUGUAGCAUGCGCGUGGGCGCAGUAGGUAUGUGAAUUUGCUAAGCAAAUUCCGCACGAAAGGAUUCUAUGAUGGUGCGAGCAAACGAAAAUCGAAUCGAAUGAGGGAAGCACGAUCGCGUGCGUGGGGGGAGCCUUUUGUGCCGUGUUAAACACUCGUUUCGGGGAAGUCGGGGAAGUCGGGAGCCAAAGAGCUUGGCUCUUGAAAAACUAAACUGUAUUAUACAUAUGUAGCGGAAGAAGAGGAAGAAGAAAUAGUAGUGCAGUAGCGUGGCAAUAAGGAGUUGUUGUUAAUUGUGUGCGAAAAAAA